ACAGCCGAGUGGUGUUCUUCUCUCAUUGGCUAGCGGCGAAAUUUGAAAUGCAACCCGCUCAGUAUGGUCGUGGCUGUGGAAGGAUGUGGGUAAAGGUUCAAAAAGCUAGCUAAAAAAAAAAGCUUAAAAAAAAAACGUAAAGAGAGCAGUGUACUAACUAAAUUUCUUCGAAGGGCUUUACCGUACACCACUUCUCCAGCGUCUUAAAUUGUAAGACACAAUGGAGACUGUGGUGCUAAACCUCCAGAGCUUAUAUGAGAAGCUCAGGACGCAAGUUGACCUUCUCAAUGAGAACAUUGAACCCAACUUUAUUCAGAUGGCACAAAACUUUGAUGAUUGCCGUCGCAAAUGGCUAAAGAGUGAGCAGGAGCUGGGGGCAUGCAAAGAGAUGCUGAGAAAUAUAGAGACUGAGAGGGGAGCCUUGGAGGUCAAACUGAAACAUGCCCGCAACCAAGUAGAUGUGGAGAUUCGGCGCAGACAAAAGGCUGAGGCUGACUGUGACUCACUGGACCGUCAAAUUCAGUUGAUCCGAGACCUGUUGACCAGUGAGGGAUCCACUAAUAGCAUCCAGUUGAGUGCAGAACAGCGCUCAGCUCUGGCUUUCCUGAACACAAACUGUCAGGCAACAGCCAAUCUCAAUACCAGCCGAAGACUGAUGACGAUAGAUGAAUCAGGCUCCAUCUUGUCAGAUAUCAGCUAUGACAAAACGGAUGACUCUCUUGAUUGGGACUCCUCCAAUGUGAGAACAGUGCGACUCAAGAAACGAGAAAAAAGGCGCUCCUCGAGAAAUCAUGUUGAUGGUCCUCCAGUUGCUUCCAAAAGGUCCCGAUCAACAGGAAAAACUUCAGAGAUGGGAAAUGAGGCCAUUGUGACGAAGACCACAGUGACUGUUCCUGCAAAUGGAGGGUCUGUUGAGGCAGUUUCUACCAUUGAGACUGUUCCUUACUGGACUCGCAGCAGGAGAAAGACUGCUGCUAUGGAGUGGGACUCUGAAUCUGUCAAGUCUGAGGACGUCUUCAAGCAGCCUGCCAACCCUGACGGAGAGAUGAAAGCUGCGCCUAGUACUCCACAAAGCAAUGGAGGCGUCCGCUUUCAUGAGUUCGUCUCCAAAACUGUCAUUAAGCCUGAAUCCUGCGUGCCCUGUGGAAAGAGGAUCAAAUUUGGCAAGAUUUCACUGAAGUGCCGAGACUGCAGGGUGGUCUCGCACCCCGAAUGUCGUGAGCGCUGCCCUCUGCCAUGCAUCCCCAACCUCGGUGCCACACCAGUCAAAAUUGGGGAGGGUGUCCUUGCAGACUACGUUCCAGACACAUCACCCAUGAUCCCUCCCAUUGUGGUCCACUGUAUCAGUGAGAUUGAGCAAAGGGGACUGCAUGAAGCUGGGCUGUACCGUCUUUCUGGUGCUGAUCGCACUAUAAAGGAGCUGAAGGAGAAGUUUCUCCGUAGCAAAACUGUUCCCGUGCUCAGUAAGGUGGAUGAUAUCCAUGCUGUCACUGGCCUCCUCAAGGACUUUUUGAGGAACCUCAAGGAGCCUCUUCUCACCUUCCGCCUCAACCGUCCCUUCAUGGAGGCAGCCGAGAUUUCAGAUGAUGACAACAGCAUAGCUCUGAUGUACCAAACCAUUGGUGACCUGCCACAGCCCAACAGAGACACACUGGCUUUCUUAAUCCUUCACCUUCAGAGAGUUGCUGACAGUUUGGACACUAAGAUGGACAUUGGUAACCUGGCCCGAGUUUUUGGCCCAACUAUUGUUGGUCAUGCAGUUCCCAAUCCAGACCCAAUGACAAUCCUACAGGAUACCAAACGACAGCCUAAGGUUGUGACACGUCUUUUGGAGCUGCCGGUGGAUUACUGGGCCCAGUUUGUGAUGGCAGAAAACGAGAAUCCAAACUUGGACCACUUGAUCAUUGAAAACGCGAACUGCUAUGCCACCCCUGAGAGAGCUGCAGUGAGCAUACUGGGACCUCUGACCACUCCGGAGCACCAGCUCAAUAAAACCCCCUCCUCAAGCUCUCUGUCUCAGCGCAUGAAGUCCUCUCUGACACCCAGAUUUGGGUCAAAGAGCAAAUCAGCAGUGGGAUUUUCUCGCCAAGGGAAGUUCUUUUCUUCUCCACUCCUCAAAUAAUAACAAAGCAGCUGCAUUUAAUACUUUAUUAUUACUGCAAUAGCAACCAGUACAUUUAUGCAUAAGCUUUGAUUAUAUCUACAAACACCUCCAUUGCAGUCUUCCUCUACAUAGAAAUCAUAUUUCUCAAUGGUAGUUGUUUGUUUUUUUUGUAAUUUGUAAAAGGAUAAUUUUUUUUUUAACCAAAUAGGUUUUUGUAUCUGUGCACACUUGUGUGUCUUUAGGAUUGUUGCUUUUACUAAAUGUCUGACGUGGCAUUCUCAUUUCAGAUGAUAACACACGAGAAUAUACUGUGUAUUCAUUCUUCUAGAAAAGUGUGCUCAUAGAUGAAAAUAUGUACUGUAUUUGCACAAUUUUAUUGUGACCUGCUUCUAAAUAUAAUCAUUUAAGUUUUUCAGCUCAUGUGUCACUCAGAAGUGGAAAAACUUGUUUGGCAUUUCAUUCUAGGUUGUAAUUGAUUGUGUGACUGCAUGAUCUUUUAAUUUUGAUGUUUGUUAUUUCAUUUGUUUUUAUUUUAAUUGGAUUGUCUCUACUACCCAGUGAUUUGUGAUGUGAAUAUAAUUUAGAAGUGUACAUACCCUUUCCUUUAAUAGCAAACAGUAGUAAUAAGACUUCAAUGAAGACCUUUCUCAUUAAAAAGAUCUACUUGGUCAUCAUCUGCAAGCUUCACUGGCUGUGGAUUGUUUUAGUAAAUGUCAUUGAUCUCUUGAGAAGGGCAACAAAAGCUCUAACAGGAGUUGUGGUCACUGGUUUGUGCUGCAGGCUGUAGCCUCUGCUGUGCCAGACCCUUUAAGUGUUUAUUGCUCUGUGUGAUAUUUGUACUGUGGGAGGCUGCUUAUAAGCAAUCCUGUGCAGAAGGCAAUUACAGUGUGCUAUUAGGACCUCGUUCAGUUACUGGGGCAUUAUUUGAUUAACGAUUAGCACACAUUUAGAACACAAAUACUCUAAAAUU